UAUUGAUGUGUGAUUGUGAGUCGUUCACAUGUGCUUCCCACUUCUAUUACUAGGUUCGUCACAGAGAGGCUGCAACUCUGAUACAAGGAGCAUCUCUGCCUGCGUCAUCCCUGGAACCUCCUGAGAACGGAAUAAAUAUUCCACCCGUUUCUGAGGACGACUCCCAGCUGACAGAUAGCGGAUAAGUCCGAAAUGUGUGACCAUCAAGAAAAAGACCACAAGCGUGGAAAGACUGCAAACUCAAAAUCUCAACCAACGAAGAACCAUCACCAAAAUCAAGGCCGCCAUCAGCACCACUACCAGAAAAAGUCCCACCAGUCAGAUGACACUUAUAGCCAAGACAGCCAUUCAUCAGCAGAGGACAGCAUUUUCAGCGAUCACCACCCCGACCAUCGACGGCCAAGUGUCAAUGACCAGACUCAUCAUCCUCCCUCUCACCAUAACCAUCACAAGCAAAAUCACCACCGUGUUUCUCUCACAGAAGCCUCCCUGAGUUCCUCCACUAGUUCCUCCUCACACUCCUCUUCGUCUUCCUCUUCAUCAACAUCGUCCUCCCCUUCCUCCUUCUCCUCUUCUUCCCUCUCUUCCUCCUCCUCAGCAUCUUCCUCCAGCCUGUCCUCUGACACCAGCAGUGAGCGUUUGGACAGACAUCCAGCGAGGAAGCCUCAGCACUCACAGUCCUGUACUGACAUUUCAGGGAAAAGCAGGUAUUUUGAAGAAGGAGACGACACAGCCCCGUUGAUAGAGGGACGGGGUGAUCAAAACAGGCAAUCGGCCAGGCAGAAAAGAGAGAAAGGCAAGUCCUCCCGCAACAGACCUACCCACAGCAAAAGGCAGAAGAUUGUGAGAGGCUCUGGAAAUGAUGGAAGUUUCCGCAAGUCCAAAUCCAUGGAGGCUCUCACUGGACGAAAAGACAGUGAGGGCCAUGGAAAUUUGGAUGAAAUUGAACAAGAAACGAGUAAAGGUGAAGCCAAGAAGAAUUUAAUGAAGGAAAAAAAGAAGUUCUCCGCCUUUCUGAAUGAGAUCACUCGGCAGGUGCUCAGCCCGAUGAGACUCACCACCCUUGGGGUCACAGAUGCUCAAAGAGCCUGCAGUCCACGGCAGGGCUCCUCCGCCAGAGCCAGUAAGAUAGACAGCCGCACUGAGAAACGCAGACAGCAUAGGACUCGGCCCACCAGUGCAGACUCAGUUACCUCCAGCAGACACUCCCACACCAGUCAGCACUCCACUCGUCUCUCUAACUCUAAGUCCUUCCCACACGACCACACUUAUGAUUCUGCAGACUCCUCCAAUCACAUGUAUCACAGGCCCAGAAGCUGCACCGACAUUAGCUGUUUGAAAAAACCUCACACGCAGACUCCUCAGCAUCACAACCGCUCUUCUUCUUAUAAGGGCCGCCACCGUCACCAAGGAGAUCACACUUCCAGUCACCAUGAUCAUCACUAUGAAGAAUGCAAGAGCCCAAGUCCUCAGCAUCACCACGGAGACCAACACAACACAAGUCAUCACCAUUACCAUGGACACCGCCGUGAUCAUCAUCGUCAUGGUGAUCACCAUAGCCCAACCCACCACCACGGUGAACACCACAACACUUUUCAGCACCACAGAGGCCACCCAAGCCCAUCCCAUCACCGUCACUAUGGAGACCAUCAUCAUGGAGAUUGCUACAGCCCAACUCACCACCAUGGACAGCACCACAGUGCAACUCAUCAUCACCAUCGUCAUGGAGACCAUCAAGGCCCUGCCCGUCAUUAUCACCAUGGGGAGGACCAUGGCCACGGUCCACACCAUCACCAUGGAGACCACCAUGGUCAUGCUCCUCACCAUGAAGAUAACCAUAAUACAACUCAUCAUUAUCAUCAUGGAGACCCCCCCAACACAAGUCAUCAUCAUGAAGGUCGCCACACCCCAACACAUGACCAUGGAGACCACAAUUCAGGUCACCAUCCCCAUAGCAACCACCCAGACACUGAACGUCCUACUACACCACAUCAACACAGACACCACAGCCUAUCAUCGAUUGAGCACAGAGAUCAUCACAGCCCAAAACAUCAACAUCACCAUGGAGACGACCACAGCCCACCACAUCAACAUCACCAUGGAGACGACCACAGCCCACCACAUCACCAUCACCAUGGAGACCACCACAGCCCACCACAUCACCAUCACCAUGGAGAUGACCACAGUGCGGGCCAUCACCAUGGAGACCACCAUAGUGAGGGCCAUCAGCAUCAUCAUGGAGAUGACCACAGCCCACCACAUCACCAACACCAUGGACACGACCAAAGCCCACCACAUCACCAUCACCAUGGAGACCAUCACAGUGAGGGCCAUCACCAUGGAGACCACCACAAUUCAAGCCAUCAGCAUCACCAUGGAAACCAACACAGUUCAGGCCAUCAGCAUCACCGUGGAGACCACCACAGUCCAGGCCAUCAGAAUCAGCUUGGAGAGCUCCAGAGUCCAGCCCAUCAGCAUCACCAUGGAGACCACCACAGUGAGUCACAUCAGCAACAGCAUGAAGACCAUCUUGUUGAAUUGCUUCAACAUCCCCAUGGAGACCACCACAGUCCAGGCCAUCAACAUCACCAUGGAGACCACCAUGGUGGAUCACAUCCGCAUCACCAUGAAGACCACCAUACUGAAUCCCAUCAGAAUCACCAUGGAGACCACCACACUGAAUCUCACCAAAAUCACCAAGGAGACCACCACAGUACAGGACACAAGCAUCACCAUGGAGACCACCACGCUGACACUCACCAGCAUCACCAAGGACAUCCCCCUGAGUCGCAUCUCAACCAAUCCUACUCCAAAAACAAUGACCACGACCAUGAUGGCCAUGAUGACCACCACACUCAUCUAAAGGGCCAUUCUGCUGACAGUCCUCCUUCACACAGGAAGCCAGAGUCUCUUAUAACUAAAGCAGACCCAGCCAAGAACACUCUGAGCCCCGUCAGCCUGGAGGAGGAACGGACAAGUUUCACUGACUCAUCAGCACAUAAGGAAGAGGCACAUGAGCUGGGUAGAAUAAUGGUACUACAGGAGAAGAAUGAAGGUCUGCAUCAUAAUUUGCUGAAGACAGCGGUGAGGAUGGAGUGUUUGGGAGAGGAGUUUGUGAACAGCCAAAAGAUUUUGGAGGCAGAGCUUCAGACGACACGUAUGGAGCUCAGCAGCCUCACCGAUAGAUUUAGGAGACUUCAUGACAGCUGCUCCUCAACACAACAGACCAAUAAUCUCCUGCAGCUAAAGCUAAACUCAGUGGCUCAGAAUAUGGAAGGAGAACGCGAGAGGUUGAACCAGCGUAUCUCAGCGUUGACGGUGCAGCUCGCUGAUGCCAAAUUUGGCAACAGUGUGGAAACAUUCAAAGCAACAUCUGUCCAUCACAAAACCAACAUCCACUUUCAGUCAGGCGAUGCCAUUAAUCCGGUGGUUCUGCCCAUCGCUCCCCCUCCGGCUCAGUUCAUGGACACCCAUACCUACGGGAACACAAACGCCGGCGGCCAGGACCAGUUACUAGGGUCAGUUCCAGAGGAGGAAGAAUCUGACUGGUCAGAGUUUGGGGAAGAGAUCCCACGAUUUAUACUGACAGGAUCGAAUAGAAAUCAUGCGUGGAGACACCAAGAAGCAGACGUGGACAAAGACAGCGAGUCAGGGGGUGAGGAAACUAUAGGCCUGCGCUCUGCACAACUGCGGCAGACAUCUCAUCUCCAGUUCAAUAUCCAUAAUGAGAUUUUACCAGCACCGCAAAGCAAUGCUUGCCCUUCUGGCUUUAAGAAUCUGUCUGACAGCAUGACAGCUGAGGGCAAUUACAGGAUCACCUCAAGUCCAAACAUUGGCUCCUCCAUCCUGAUCCGGUCAGCCAGCCUGGAGGAAAUUCCUCUGGCACGGCACCACAUGCAAAAGGAGCUGAGGGGCACCGAGGCCAUGAUGGACCUCCACCACCCCCGAGAAGACGUUAUCGGGGAUUUAGAUAAUGAGAUCAUUCAUCAUUGGCGAACAAACAGUGACAGGGAGGCAGCUAUGGGGAUGCUGGCGGAGAGCAGGAUGUCAGACGUAAAUAGUGGCCUGGCCAGCCUGCAGACGGCUGAGCAGAUGCUCAACCACUUCAUACGUGAAUCACAGGCCAGUGAAGGCAAAGGUCAGGGCAGGGCGGAGGUGCACGGCUGGAUGGGAGGGAUUCCAGACGAGGUGUUGAAAGGGGAGCGUACUAAGCUGUGACAGUAACAUGAGGCGUCUGAAAUCGUAAUUUUAUCGGGUUAGUUUCCAGGGAAAGUUCAAUUAAGCUCAUUUAGUUUGGUCCAAUAACUGUAACUGCAAACCUUUAGGACUCACUGGUUUUGUUCCUAAAUAAAAAACAAUACAACCAAACAUCUGCCAAGUGGUACUGGAGGCAAAAUUAAUAUUAUAUGUCUAUACUAUGUAAAUAAUAAAUAUUGUUUUUAAUAAACAAUAUUGUUCAGUUUUUCCUCUGCACCUUGGAUUGGCUCAAUUAUUGGUAAAAUGUGAAAAUAGGUGAAGAUAUGUAUUUUUGUUGUAUUGAUCCACAUAUAUGCAAUUGUUAUUGUUUGUGUUUUCGCUUUACUGGCUGAAACAUUAUGUAUUUGUAUAGUGUGUAGUCCUUGUGUAUGUAGACACACAGUUGAAGGCAUCCUAAACACAUACUAAAAGAUUUGUUUCAUGUUAAUCUAUUUCCCAGUUGUAAAACGUAUGGUUGUACACUAUUACAUAUAUAUAUGCACACACAAAAUAUGUAAUAAUGUUGUCUCAGCUUUAAUUAUGGUCCUAUCUUUGUGUAAAACAUUUAAUUCCUCUGGUUGCAAUAACUUACAUGUCAAAGGAAAUGCUUGCAUAAACAAAUUCUGCAAGCUUGUGUAAAUGUAACCCAUGUAACUCUGUCCAUAUAAAAUCUAAUAAAGUAUACGAAGAAA